AUGCUUCGAAAUGAAAACUGUUUGCUUGUUGAGUCAGUUGAAAGUGUUAAGAAUCUAAAACGUGACAAUGAGCUUGCAAACAUGCAACUGAGAACUGAAAUUAAAAAAAAGAGAUUGGCUCAAAAGUCAAACAGCAGUUUACGAAAGAAAAUUAAGAAGUUAAAGACUUCCGACGAAAAAGUGACCGCAAUUCAAUUAGUAAAACAAAAUGCAGACUUGAGACAGAAAUUAGAACGACUAACAUUAAUAGCCGAGGAAAAUGAUCUGCUGAUUGAGGACUUUCACCACAAACUAAAAGAGACAAAGGACUAUACAGACGUAAUAAGUAAAUCGAAUAACACAUACAGUGAAUAUUUCAGAAUGUGCGUUAUCCAGCUUGCUGGCUUAGAGGUAGCGACUGACAAAAUAAGUCCAGUGAUUUCUGUUGUAAGUGAGACAAUUUUUGACAAGUGUUUUGCGAAAGGGGCAUUGCCAAACAGCACAUCUGUACAAAGAAUUGUAGAUGAAGGACAGUUCAUCGCAAAGUCUUUUUUGGCAGAAAAGUUGGAAAACAGUCAAAGCUGGGGUCUAGGUAGAGAUGGAACGACCCGAAGAAAACAAAAAAUUGUUGACACAUCCAUUACACUAGACAAUGGAGAAAUUGCUAGUUUAGGGUUUACACGCAUAGCCAAUGAAACCGCGCAAACUAUUCAAAAUGUAACAAAAGAACAAUUAAGCGAAUUAGGAUCAUUAAAUGGAAAUUCGUCAGAAGACUUUAUUGUCUCAUCACUGGCAAAACUGGCAUUCACCAUGAGUGAUAGAGCCUCAAAUGAAAAGUUGGCUGAUAAACUGCUGAACAAAUGGAGAGAUGACUUGUUGAAAAAUUGCAGUUCUGAAACAGAAGUGAAAAGUGUAAAAAACUUCCAUUGCAUGGCGCAUGUGCUGCUCGGGUUUCACAGAUAUGUUUGUACAGACAUUAAAUUACUUGAAAAGGAACUGAGUGAAGUAGGUGGCCCCCUUGGUCGUGACUCAUUGCCAGCAUUUAAAUUCUGGUCUAAAGGGGGGACAGUGAUUGAGCGUGUUGUGCGAACCACUGCAGACACCUUCGGACCUGCCGGGGAACAUUAUGGACUGCGUGACAGAUGGGAGGCCUACUGCAGGGACAAUGGAAUCAAGUCAACAAUCGGGAACUACCGCGACAACCGGUUCAACUGCCUCUUUCAGACGGCAGCUGAAAUCUUAGUCCAUCGACAAGAGUUCCUGACUGUCAUUAAAACGGUAAAAAAACCGAACAGAAAAAUUCAGGCCGUAUCUGCUGAUUUGCACUGCACAAGGAUAGCAACAUUGUUAGCUGCAACCGGCUUGAUGUAUGUCCAUGUGACUGGUCCUUUUGGCAAUUAAUCACAUCAGGAAGUGUGCCAUAUCUGGAACUUUAUCCCCAUGUACAGUCACUGCACAAGUUCCUGUGUGAGAUUAAGGAUAAUCCUGAAAAACUUUUAAAUGGAACAGAAUUUUGGCAGACAGAGUAUGACAUCGCCCAGAAAGAAAGAUACCUGGUUGAAAUUCACAAAAAUAUUAAACCAGACAAUAAUGACGCCUUAGGUACCAUCCAGUGCAUUGCAAAAUCCAUGAUAAAGUGCAUCGAAAAGCAACUGUGUGACUUUCUGCCUGGUGGACAGUUCAGUGGUGCAACAAGUAAAAGUGACCUAGACAGGACAAAGUUUGCCCACUCUACAUGCGAACAUCAUUUUGGCGAUCUAGACAGUUCACAGAAAAGACGCCCCAAUGCGUCUCUCCAUCAUCACACAUCUGUUCACCUGCUGAAAAGAAAUCGUGAGCAGAUGAAAAGAUGGUAUGAUGGUAUGACUAAAAAAGAAAAAGUA